CUGACCAGCAAUUCUGCAUGGGCAACACAAUGGCGUUGUACCCGCCGGGAGACCUCGUCGUCCUCCUCCCCUUUUUCAUGCUUCUUCUUCUCGUGUACGUCUACCUCAGGCGCUCGAUGAGUGCAAAGGCCAGAAACACAUUGCUUCCGACGGAAUGGCCGGUAGUCGGCAUGCUCCCUUCGCUCGUCGUCAACCUCCACCGACUGUUCGACUACACCACCGACCUCCUCGCCGCCUCCGGCAACAGCUUCGAGGCGCGCGGCCCGCCGAUGUCUGGCCUGCGGUUCUUCGUGACCCGUGACCCGGACAACGUGCGCCACAUCUUCAUCUCCAACUUCGCCAACUACCCCAAGGGCGAGGAGUUCGCCUCCGUCUUCGACGUCAUGGGCGACAGCUUCUUCAACGCGGACGGCGAGUCGUGGCGCCGCCAGCGCGCGAGGGUGCAGCACAUCAUGAGCAACCCGCGGCUGCUCGCGUUCAUGGCCGCCUGCUGCCGUGGCAAGGUGGAGAAGGGCCUCCUCCCCAUACUGGAACACAUGGCGCGCGCCGGUGCUCCGUUCGACCUGCAGUGCCUGAUCACCAGGUUCGCGUUCGACAUGACGGCCAUGCCGGUCUUCGGUGCGGACACGUGCCGCCUGUCCAUCGACAUGCCACCCCUCGACGUCGCGAACGCCAUGGACACCGUCAUGCAGGUCGGCUUCUUCCGCCACACCGUGCCGGUGUCUUGCUGGAAGCUGAUGAGGAGUCUAGGAAUCGGCCCGGAGAGGAGGCUCGCCGCGGCACAGCGCUUGCUACGCCGGUUCGUCGCGGAGAUGAUCGAGAAAAGGCGAGCCGGCGCCGCCGACACGGCGACCGACGGCGAGAAAGAGGGAGCUCCUCCGCCUGUGGACAUCGUGUCCUCCUACAUCGGCGACCCGGACUACGUCGACGAGGACGGGAACCCCAGGGAGUUCAUGUACGCGACCUUCAUCAACUACAUGGUCGCCGGGCGCGACACGGUCGGCACGGCGCUGUCGUGGUUCUUCUCCAACCUCAUCAAGCACCCGCGCGUCGCGGCAAGAAUCAGGGAAGAGCUGGCGCCGAUCGCGUCGCGCAAGGCCGGCGCCAAGAGCGGCGGCGGCGGCGGCAUGGUGGUGUUCGAGCCCGAGGAGACGAAGCCCCUCGUGUACCUCCAGGCGGCGCUGUUCGAGUCCAUGCGGCUGUACCCGCCGGGGCCGAUCGAGCGGAAGAUGGCGCUCGCCGACGACGUGCUCCCGAGCGGGCACACGGUGCGCGCCGGCGACAACAUCCUGAUACCACUCUACUCCAUGGGCCGGGACGCGGGCGUGUGGGGCGAGGACUGCGCGGAGUACAGGCCGGAGCGGUGGGUGACGGAGGACGGCAAGCUGCGGCACGUGCCGGCGCACAGGUUCAUGCCGUUCAACGCCGGGCCGCGGUCGUGCCUCGGGAAGGACAUCUCGGUGGUGCAGAUGAAGAGCGUCAUCGCCGCCGUGGCGUGGAACUUCGACCUCGAGAUGGCGCGGGGCCACGUCGUGGAGCCCAAGGUGUCCGUCGUGAUGCAGAUCAAGAACGGGCUCAUGGUGAAGGCGAAGAAGCGGUAGAUCGUGCCAUGCACCCAGCAGUAAAAACGUAACGUACGUGUUGUAAUUUGUAAACGACCUGUACCUGUAGUUUCACCGUGAAUUCUGUACGCACUAUGUAUCUCCUUUGCAUGUGUGUUUCAUCAUAAUUGAAUUGCUCAGGUUGUCUGCAAACUUUGUUACUGGUAUGUAUUGACCCUGAGCCUAUAUAUUAGUGGUAAAGAUACGGGGACUUUG